AUGGAUAACUAUCAGAAGAUUGAGAAGAUUGGUGAAGGAACCUACGGUGUCGUCUACAAGGCCCGUGAAUUGAACCACCCCAACCGUAUCGUUGCUCUGAAGAAGAUUCGUCUUGAAGCCGAAGAUGAGGGUGUGCCCAGUACCGCCAUUCGCGAAAUUUCGCUCCUGAAGGAAAUGCAGGACCCCAACAUUGUCCAGUUGUUCAACAUUGUCCACGCCGACGGCCACAAGCUUUACCUCGUCUUCGAGUUCCUGGAUCUCGAUCUUAAGAAAUACAUGGAGGCUCUUCCUGUCAGCGACGGUGGCCGCGGCAAGCCCUUGCCGGACGGAUUCAAGCCCGGCACCAGCCUUGGUCUGGGUGAGGCAAUAGUCAAGAAGUUCAUGGCCCAGCUCGUUGAGGGUAUUCGUUAUUGUCACAGCCAUCGCAUUCUUCACCGUGACCUGAAGCCCCAGAACUUGUUGAUUGACCGUGAGGGUAACCUCAAGCUGGCCGAUUUCGGUCUGGCACGAGCAUUCGGUGUUCCUCUCCGCACUUAUACCCACGAGGUUGUCACAUUGUGGUACCGUGCCCCCGAGAUUCUGCUCGGUGGACGCCAAUACUCUACCGGUGUUGACAUGUGGUCUGUGGGUGCUAUUUUUGCGGAGAUGUGCACUCGCAAGCCUCUCUUCCCCGGUGACUCCGAAAUUGAUGAAAUUUUCAAGAUUUUCCGUAUCCUCGGUACCCCCGGUGAAGAUAUCUGGCCCGGCGUCACUUCGUUCCCCGAUUACAAAGCCACUUUCCCCAAGUGGAAGCGCCCCGAUGUCGAGAUCGUACCUGGACUGGAGGAAGCUGGCUGUCAGCUUCUAGAGUCCCUGCUUGAAUUCGACCCGGCUCACCGACUCUCCGCUAAGCAGGCCUGCCAGCACCCAUACUUCCGUAACGGCAGCUCAUACUAUUCCGGCCGUGGCCAGUCCAACGGUUUCCACUAG